GCUAUAUCUGCAACGGUUUGGGUAUAUGAAUGAAUCGGCCGCCGCUAAUCUCGUCUCUGAACAAACCUAUUCCGAUGCCGUCGUUGAGUUUCAACGCUUCGCUGGACUCAACCAAACAGGGAUCCUAAACGAUGAGACGGUGGAGAUGAUGAACGCCCCGCGUUGUGGUAAUAAAGACAAAGUUGGACACAGCGAAGACGCCAAACGAAGGAAACGCUAUGCAUUACAAGGAUCUAAAUGGCGGCGAACGGACUUAACGUAUAGGAUAUCACAAUAUCCGACAAAAUUUCUCAAUAAAAAACAAGAGAUCGACAAAGAAAUAGCGAAAGCAUUCAAACUAUGGUCAGAAGUGACACCACUUUCGUUUGAGGCCAAAAAGGAGGGUCGCGUUCACAUUGACAUACGCUUUGUGAGUGCAGAACACGGCGAUGGGGACCCGUUUGACGGACCGGGCAAUACGUUAGCGCACGCAUACUUCCCUCAAUACGGAGGGGACGCUCAUUUCGAUAACGAAGAGUAUUGGACCAUCUCUUCAUACGCCGGGACAAAUGUGUUUCAAGUGGCGGCACAUGAGUUGGGCCACUCGUUAGGGUUGGGCCACAGCAGCGUUAGAGACUCAUUGAUGGCACCGUUUUACCAAAAAUAUAAACCCAAAUUCAAACUGCACCAAGAUGACACUCUAGCCAUUCAAGCCCUAUAUGGUGUUCGACACACUGCCAGCGAUCCGGCCGACAAACCCGUGGAAAAACCUAAACCCCUGGACCCGGACCCCAGCGCUGACGGACCAGAUCUAUGUCAAGACAGUACCAUCGAUGCGGUCACACGUAUUAGCGACGGCACAACAUUUGUGUUCAAAGGCCUUCACUAUUGGAAAGUAGAGACAAAU